AUGCUUCCACCAUCUUCUGAAACAUAUAAUAGUGCAGAUGAACUCUUUCAAAGUGUUCAGACUUUUGCCAAUUCUCAAGGUUAUGUAUUGAUAAAAAAAAGAAUAUGUAAAGACCAUCAUGGAGAAUUAAAAAACAUGUCAUUACAUUGUGAUCGGGGUGGAACUUACAGUUCAAAAGCACACUAUCGACAAACAAGUUCUCAUUUAAUUGAUUGUCUAUUUGAAAUAUAUGCCUCACGAUGCAAUGGUUUAUGGAAUUUGGAAGUUCGUAACUCAAAUCACAAUUAUGAACGAGUUAGAGAAAUGACUGUUUUGGAUUCACGUCCUAGGGAAAUUGUAUCAACUCUUAGACAAAAUGAUGAAUCAACAUUAGUAACUAAUAGAGAUAUUUAUAAUGCACGUGAACAAUUUCGUCAACAAUACCUGGCAGGACGAACACCAAUUCAAGUAUUAGUUGAUAAGCUUCAAGAGG